AGGAGGCUUGAGACAGAAAAAAAAAGGACAUUAUUCGUGAAUAAAGUAGAAGAAAACAAAAUUGUGGUCUUUUAUGUCGACGGCCAUUGAACUAAUCAAUGAAUGAAUGGAAAUUUCAAUGUUUAUCAAUUGGGUCAAACAACAAAUUAUCACCUACCAUCAAAUAAUAUAUAUAAAUAUAUAGCUGAUAUUUAUUUAUGUUUACAAAAUUGAAAUAAUAAUGGGAGAAGAAGUAAAGCUGCUGGGAUUUUGGGCAAGCCCAUAUAGUCAAAGAGUGAUAUGGGCACUGAAACUGAAGGGAGUUGAGUAUGAAUACAUAGAAGAAGAUAUUUCAAACAAGAGUGAAUUGCUUCUUCAAUACAAUCCAGUUCACAAGAAGAUCCCUGUGCUUGUUCAUGGUGGCAAACCCAUUUGUGAAUCUCUGGUUAUUCUUGAGUACAUCGAAGAAACUUGGCCUCAAACUCCUCUCUUGCCUAAGGACCCUUAUGAAAGAGCUUUGGCACGAUUUUGGAUGCAAUUUGCUGUUGAAAAGGCUCCAGCUUUUGGUUCAUUCUUUACAAGCACCGGUGGUGGAGAGAAGGGAGAAAAGGCAGCAAAAGAAGUAGUAGAAGUGUUUAAAAUCUUGGAAGAACAAUUAAGCCUUGGAAAUACCAAGUUCUUUGGGGGAGAGACUAUAAACAUGGUGGACAUAUCACAUGGAUGGUUACCUCAUUGGUUUGAAUGUAUAGAACAACUUGUAGGACUCAAACUCUUAGACCCCAAAACAUUGCCUCGGCUCCAUACUUGGGCUCAAGAUUUCAAGCAACUUCCCAUCAUCAAGGAGAGCCUUCCUGAUUACGACAGACUCUUAAUCCAUAUGAAAUCAGUUAGGGAGAAGAUGAUGAUUUCAACCAAGUGAAUGAAAAUGUCACAAGUUCAUAUUUCAGUCAGCUUUGAUCGUUGUGUUGUUGUGCAUGUUGUUUUGUUUAAAUGGGAAGAUUAGAUAGAUAAUACGAAUUCCAUUCCACGAGAGUAAACAAGGGUGGAAAUAGUUCCUGUUUAGUUUGCUUGGUGGUAUGUCGACAUGUCGUUGCCUAUGGAUAUUAUAUUGUUUCAAGUUUUCUUGUUGAUGUAUUUAGUUCCAUUUCAACGUAAAUGGAAACUAGAUUUUAUUUAAUUGGUCAAUAAAGAUGAGUGAAGAGUUCGCUCUUCAUUUGAAUAUUAUAAA